GUACUUUCCAAUGAAAGAAAUGAAGAAAAUAUCUAUAGCGUCUGUAAGCUGUGAUGUGAGUGGAUUCAAGGUUUGACUGGGAACAUCGGAAUUCCUGAGAUCCCUAUAAGGCAUUCGAGAAGGUUGUUGGUUUUUUGUUUUGUUUUGUUUUUUUAAGUAGAUUCCCACCCCACGCCCGACCGUGGCCACCCUCUGAGCUGAGUUGGUGUAUGGCAGUCUUUCUGGGAAAAUCCCUUCUCCGGGCGCUGCUAAAACGAUAUCUUUAGGCGAAAUGGUGGUUGAUGAAGGAAUUUGUGCCCGUGCUUUCCCCACCUGCUCGGGCUUGUAGGGGUGUGGCCGUGUGGGAGUGUGUUGGUGGGGGGGUCUGAGGGGAGCGGGUGGGGUUGGAGGUGAAUCCUUCCUAUUCCCCAGUUCCGAAAAGUAAAACUUACCUUACCUGUUUCCAGAAUACCAGCCAUUGUCUUCCGCAUCUCACGGCCACGCUGUGGGCUCUGGGGGGUUUUGUCGAAGGCAAAAAAAAAAAAAAAAAAGUCUUAAGUAUUUAAACAUGUUGGACCAUGCAUGCAUCCGUCCAUGGCGUUGUGGGUUUUUUUUUUUUUUUUUUUGGUCCCCUCCCUCCCUUCCCUUUUCUUUUCACCAAAGUAUAUUCAUCAAACUGCUGAGUUGGAAAGAUUUGUAAUGAGUUUUUGAGCUGUACGACUGUGUUUUUUUUUUUUUUUCCUCUCCCCCGCCCUCUCCCUCUUUCUAAAUCUUCAUCUGACAUUAAAUAAAGCAAAUCCCAAACAGAUUAACUGUCGCACGGUUCUGCUUCGUCUCCUCAGUCUGUUCCCAGGUCUGGCUCGGGGCCGGGCGGCGGGAGAUGCCCGGGCGGCCUGCGGAAGUCCAUGUGGCGCGCUAGGUGGGAUCCCGGCGUCCUGAAAGCAGAGGCCCUGGCCCUCCUGCCCUGCGGCCUGGGCAUGGCCUUCUCCCAGUCCCACGCGAUGGCCGCUCGGAGGCACCAGCACAGUCGGCUCAUCAUUGAGGUGGACGAGUACAGCUCCAACCCCACCCAGGCCUUCACCUUCUACAACAUCAACCAGGGCCGCUUCCAGCCGCCGCAUGUGCAGAUGGUGGACCCGGUGCCUCAUGACGCCCCCAAGCCGCCCGGAUACACCCGCUUUGUCUGCGUGUCUGACACCCACUCAAGGACGGACCCCAUCCAGAUGCCCUACGGCGACGUGCUCAUCCAUGCCGGGGACUUCACCGAGCUGGGGCUCCCGAGCGAGGUGAAGAAAUUCAACGAGUGGCUGGGUAGGUGCCAGAAGGGGCGGUGCCUGUGAGCAGCCGGACUCGGGCGGCCCCCUGCCCACCGUCCUUCCUCCCUGCUCUGCCCGGCCCCUCCCUGGACUUUGUCACCUGUCCACCUCCCCUGGGAAGCCCCCUGACCUCCGGGACCAGGCCACACCCCUCUCACUCUCCCGUGACACCUGGGAGGUCUCCUACCCCAGCGCUUGUCUCUGCUGUGAUUUUCCAUUUGUUGGUGGGAUUUUUUUGGCCCGGGGGACUUCCUCCCAAAGGGAUUUUGUCCAGGUUUGUUUCUGUCCACUUGUGUGUCCAGCCCCCAGUGCCUGGUACAGGUAGAUGCCGAGUAAUAAUUGAUGAGCAGAUAAGUGGCUGAAUGGACGGAUGAAUGAAUGACUCUCUGGGAACAGUGAUGUCAGGGCAGGCACCUCAGCUGGUAGGUACAGCCACCCACCGUCAUCGACGGCUUCUCCAGUGAGGGGACCCUCCAGGCCUCGUGGCCCCAAGCAGGAGCCCAGGGGGCCCGGUGUGGGUUCCUCCGCGGGCAGCCAUUGGUACUGGCGGCGGAGUGCCGUCCUGCGCCGUAGGAGAUGGUGGGCCACGAUUUGCGAGCACGCCCCUAGGGUUUUGUCCUCAGCUUUGCUUUCUUCCGAAAUAAGAAAGACAUAAAUCUGGGGUGCCCCCCCGGGAAAAGCCGUUUGCUUGGAAUCCAGGGACACCUCCCAGCGAAUCUCUGUGCCAUGGCCCAAGGAGACAGAUGGGUGGCCCCUGGGCUGCUGACACAGAGGCCUGGGUACGGGGCGGGCCCACCUCCCCGUGCAGCCCCUCGUGGCCGCCAGACGGUCCCCCGCCUCCCCAGGGGCGUCCCGCUGUGCAGUUGGCUGGGAGCUGUGCAGGCAGAGGGGGGCCAGGAGCGAGGCGGGUGGCUGCGGCGGGAGAGGCUGGCUCUGCCAGUCGAGACAAAUAUUUACAAGCAAGGCCUUGCACUCCCCUUGGCGGGCUCGGAGCUUUAAAUAUUGAUUAUUCAAAUGGGAAGUUCUCAUCAAGGGGCCUGUUUGGGCUGAGCUUUGUGAAGGCUGGGGUGGGAGGGGCUCCUGUCGGUGAGUCUGCCCUGGGCUUCUCCCCACGCCCCGGGCUGCUUCCCAGGAGGGGACCCUCACGGGGGCUGGUUUCUUGUCCCCCUGCUGUGGGUCUCAAAAGAUGUGAGGCUGAGCUGAGUCCGUGUCCCAGGCAGAGAACAGGAGUCGCUGGUGGCCAGGCACCUGCUUGUGUGCCAGGCUCCUUACCACCACUGCCGGGCUGAAUUUGAGGAAGAGCCAUUUGGGGUGGGUGCUGUUUAGACCCCUAUCUGACAGAAGACGAUGUCGGCUCCCUUGCACUGAGGUUCCCGAAGUGAGGGACUAUUUCCGAUGUCCCCCCGGCCCAGACAUGCUCGUCUCCAAGCUGAGUGAGUAAAUGAACCCAACAGUUGCAUGUGCCAGGGGGGUGGUGGCCAAGGGCUGUGGGAUCUCAGU